AUGCAGUCUAUUGAGAUACCCGACGACGGGAUCUCCGACGACUGCUUACACCAGGCGAUGGACGACCUCGAACUGAGUCACGCGCGAUCGUCCUCGUCCCCUGUUGGCGACGAUCUCGGCGGGUCGGACACGGGUGCCAACAUCACGUCGUCCGACAUGUUCCACGACGGGAGCUCACCGACGGUGAGCGCGCGCGCGGCGACGGGGCAGGCUGUUAAUCUCUCCGCGGAUAUCGUCUACGACUCCCAGAUGCAAAGUCAGCGCGCGGAGGAGCCGCGCGAGGAACGAGAGGUCGUUCCCGAGACGCAGAUCAUGGAAACGCAAGACGCUGUGGGUGAAGAUCUAGAUGGCGGCGCCGCUGCCGAAGACAGCGUGAACCUGGGGAUGAAUCCGAAUACUGAGCCUCCUCCAUCUAAUGGACCGGGAAGAGCGCAAGCGUCAAGGGAAUUGCGGAAUCUCUCGGUGUUCGGGUGGGACGCUCAAGUAGGCGAGCACCCCCCCGGCGCCGCGCUCGCUUUACCCGUGGAAGGGCGCUUGAGAAGGAGACUCCCUGUGAAUUACACCGCCGCGGACGACGUCGACGACGAAAUGGACGACGACGACGAUCAACGCGACGACGAUGGGGAGCUGUGCCGCGACUAUGUAUACGACGACGAAACCAGCGAGACGGGAUAUUCCUCUAACGACUCCGUGGAAGAAAUCAUGGUAACCCAGGUGCAGCAAGAAGAACGGAUGCAACUAGGAGAGGUUCAGAGCACGCGGCGUGCGGUCCCGCCGACUUCGGAAACUCAUCAAGCGAGCGCAGCGCCCGCCGUGCAACCGCGCCGAACCGCGUCGCUGUCGACGAACACGGGGACCGAGGAUUCUAUGACAGUUUCAGAACUUGAACGAGAGGAAGCCGAAAUCGUUGCUAAGGAGGCCGCCCUCGCUGCUGAGGAGGCCGACCUCGCUGCUCGCAGGGAGCGUUUGGAGAGAAGGAAAGCGAAGAAGUCGAGGUCUGCUCCGCGAGAGACAGAACCGAACGUGCGCCCACAGCAGCGGCAGAGGAUGAUGGACGAUUUCAUACAGAUGCCCGCCCGCGAAGAUGGACGAGGCGUCGAUGGCAGUCGUGAACGCGCGCGCGAGCCGCGAGGUCCACGAAGUGCGCAGCGAGGAAUUUCCGCGCGACCCGAUACCGUCCACCUGGCAAUCCCGAAGGACGUUGAUGAAAUGUAUGACUUGUGGGAACAGAGGGCCGUUCAUAUCAUCCCGGACGACGCGUCGGUGUACAGCAACUUUCGCUUCGCGUUCGGGGACGACACAGAAGAAGGCCGCCGUUUCAGAAAAAAAGAAAUCAAAGCGAUCGGGGAGGUUUUAUUCGCGUUCAAAAACACGCGCAAACCGGGUCAACACGCACUGUUGAAAGGGCGCGAACGCGAAGGUAAAACCGGGGCGUUAUUCUCGAUCGCCCUCGCCGCGCUUCUGCUACACAUGCGCGUCGUUAUCCUUUGCGCGCCGAAUAAGCUAGCCCCGAUCGUGGACAUGGUGAAGAAGAUACGAGCGUCUGGUUUCGGGACCCAAUACGACACGAAGCACACGCUCGGUAAAAAAUCAUCGAAGGACAACGACGUCCCAUCCUCCGACCACGGGCAGAUUUUCGUCGCGGCGUUGGGGACGAUCACGGAUUUGAGAAAAGUCAAGGCGUUCAUCCAGAGCGAGAUAAGAGGCGGGCAUCACACUGUGACGUUGAUCGACGAGUGCGACGAGCUCACGCAAGGUAAAGGGAACAAAUCGCUUGAGAUCGAGCGACGAGAAGAUCCGAGCGCGUAUCAAAAUUUCAUCCCGUUGGCCGAUCGCGGGGAGGACGAAGACGACGACGACAUCCCGUACGUGGACCCGGAUAGUCGCGCGGGGAAGCAAAAAAAUCGCAAAGAACAGCUCGCGGCGGCGUCUCACUUCUUCAAGAAAGAGCUGCACAAAAUCACUCAGGUCAUCGCGUGUUCCGCGACGCUCAGCGGGUACAUGUUGAACCCCGUCGGCAUGUUUCGUCAAGAUGUCGUAACACCGAUUUUCAUGGUGUAUCCAAAACUUGGAUACAGAGGCAUCGAGACGUUCCAGGUCCCGGAUGGAUGCGAACUCGAGAUGGAAGGUAACAUGUCGAUGGAUGAUUUCGAAGACUCAUCGGCGGUGAAAACGUUGCUGGAACGUUUUUACAACAGAAAAAACAUAUGCGACGGUGUCCAGUUGCAGCCGAGGCCUGAGGUCCAAGGCGCCAGCAACGAACGCAACCCGUAUUACGUUGAACACCCCACACCUGUGACGCUUCGAGGCAUGUUGUUCAUCUCGUGCUCGCCGAAGGUGAACGUCUACGGCGGGGUCGCGGACAUCGCGAAGCAAGUGUGUAAAACCGUGGACGCGUGGGACAACGAACACGACUCCGCGAAGACUUUAUUCGUCUGCUUCGUCGGCGUGCCGAAAGUGUACUUCGCGAAGAAGUGGUUCAAAAUGCCCCGUGGCGCGUCGCUCGAGACGAUUUACAACAUCACGAGAAAGGAAGCUCAGCGAGGUACGUUCGGUCAAGAUUUUGCGCUGGGACCCGGUGAACCGCUGAGCAAGGUGUGCACGCACUGCGUUUUGAUCGGCUACAACUUGACGCGACGAGCGAUGACAGCGGCGUUCAAGCCAGAGCACGAGCCCGGUGUCCUCUGCAAAAUUCAGUACGGCAUCUUGACCGCGCCGAAGAUGCUGACCAUAGACGCGGUCAGUCAAAGAGUGAAUCGCGCGUCGCACGACUUCGCGGAGCACGACGUACCAGAUGAGUACGUCGUAGACGUCGCGAUGAGCCCGGUCACGCUCGAGCUGUGUCAGAAAUUCCGAAAAAUGGAGGACGACAUGGUAGACACGCAGCGUUUGGAGCCGUGCAUUCACAGCGUGUUUCAGCAGAAAAUUGAGGUGUUCGCAUGCGGCCUAGAGAACAGCAAGGUUUCCAAACGAGGAAUUCGGUUAGCGGAGCUGAGUCGAACAGGGCAGUUGAAGAAAGAGCGAGAGCGCCGUGAGAAUCUCGCGGACCAAAUUCCCGCUCUCCGCGAGUUCAGAAGAUGGCUCGAGAACGACGCGACGUACACAAGGGGAGGUCGCCCGGAGAACUUCACUGGAUCCACCCCAGGUAAUUACUACGGCCACGUCAAGCGUUUGUUCGUUAAUGUAAUCGAUGAAUUCAUCGAUGAAGGCGCUGGCAUCGAUGACAUCAUGCAGCGCUUCGAUGACAUCCGCGAGGACAUCGUGCAGCGCGCUGAAACGAGAGAGCACGAGCUGCAGCUGCGAGGAUCAGAGAGGACCCCCAGUGAGGACGACGAAUACCACGCGCUCAAGCAGUUUAAGAUUUACUACAACAGAUGAGGACAUGACGAGAACGUGUCGUUCGACGGAACAGCGGACUAGAUGCGUGAGGUGCACUGUAAUACUAAGUAACUCGUUUGUGCAUAAUCUGCGCGCUCUCGGGACGAAACAUUCAGGCCCGAUGCUCUGUUUUCGCGAAAGUUUCCCACGGGGAGACGCGCGUAGGUACACGCCGCGCGGGCGAAAAUAGCUCGCUAGGGUGUGAAUAUAUUUCAGCUCCUAAAUG